UAUAAAGUAGUUACGGGGGGGCUCUUUCGGCUUCCAAUUAGGAAUAAUACUGGCUUCGUAGCGACUACCGAGGAGGAAGAUUCUAAAACCCCCUCACCCGUCCCAAAACCCGCAUCCUCCUCCUCCUGCCACACACCCCUCCCCCGAUUUUUGACCAAGAAAAAGGAGUCGAGGGGUAUUCCGCUCCUCUGUGCUGGUGGGAAACCGAGAGGCCAGCAGGGUUGCUUAGUUGGACCAUAGGCCUGAGUGCAAUUAGGAGGCGGGCGCCUCGCACCCGUUGCCGCCCGCGGGGACUGAAGUGGCCUGAAAGAGCUGCCCCGGAUUCCUGUCCUUCCCAGAGGGGCUCGGAGCCGCCUCGAAUGCCGCGGGACUGAAGAGCACACGUCGGGUGGGUUUAUCAUGUCGACCUUCCGAGCGCCGCGGUUCGCAGCUCAGAAUGGAAGGAAAGGCUGGCUCCUGAGGGGUCCCGCUGGUAUCUGAUGCCCGGAGACCCACGGGGCUGCUCGAAUUGCCCUGGAUCCGCAACUCCAACUUCCCCGAAGGCACAUCCACAUUUUCCAAGAAAAUAUUUUCUGUUCGCCGCAUUGGCCGUGUAAGUGCCCUCCACACGCUCUCCCCGGUGCAGAGACUCAGCCUCCUUCGUUCGGUGUAUGCUCUAUGUUUUUGUCAAAUAUGAUCUCCAGUUGAAAGUUUAUUUAUGGUUUUGGAUGAAUCUGUGGAGCUUACAUUGUAAAAAGAAAGGGGGAACAAGACACCAUGAAAGAAAAGUCCAAAAAUGCUGCCCGGACUAGGAGGGAGAAGGAAAACAGUGAAUUUUAUGAACUGGCUAAAUUACUGCCUUUGCCCUCGGCUAUCACCUCGCAGCUGGACAAGGCAUCCAUAAUCAGACUCACGACCAGCUAUCUCAAAAUGAGAGUGGUGUUCCCAGAAGGGCUCGGCGAGGCAUGGGGCCACUCGAGUCGGACCAGCCCCCUGGACAAUGUUGGCCGAGAACUGGGCUCCCAUCUGCUCCAGACCCUGGAUGGCUUCAUCUUCGUGGUGGCCCCAGAUGGGAAGAUCAUGUACAUUUCAGAGACAGCCUCAGUCCACUUGGGUCUUUCUCAGGUAGAGCUGACUGGAAACAGCAUUUACGAGUACAUCCAUCCAGCUGACCACGACGAAAUGACUGCGGUGCUUACCGCCCACCAGCCCUACCACUCUCACUUCGUGCAGGAGUACGAGAUCGAGCGCUCCUUCUUCCUGAGGAUGAAGUGCGUCUUGGCCAAGCGGAACGCCGGCCUCACCUGCGGCGGCUACAAGGUCAUUCACUGCAGCGGCUACCUGAAGAUCCGCCAGUACAGCCUGGACAUGUCCCCCUUUGACGGUUGCUACCAGAACGUAGGCCUGGUGGCGGUGGGCCACUCGCUGCCUCCCAGCGCCGUCACGGAAAUCAAGCUGCACAGCAACAUGUUCAUGUUCCGCGCCAGCCUGGACAUGAAGCUCAUUUUCCUGGACUCCAGGGUGGCGGAGCUGACGGGCUACGAACCUCAGGACCUGAUCGAGAAGACGCUAUACCACCACGUGCACGGCUGCGAUACCUUCCACCUGCGCUGCGCGCACCACCUGCUGCUGGUGAAGGGGCAGGUGACCACCAAGUACUACCGGUUCCUGGCGAAGCACGGCGGCUGGGUGUGGGUGCAGAGCUACGCGACCAUCGUACACAACAGUCGCUCUUCCAGGCCACACUGCAUAGUCAGCGUCAACUACGUCCUCACAGAUACGGAAUACAAAGGGCUGCAGCUAUCCCUGGAUCAGAUCUCAGCCUCCAAACCAGCCUUCUCCUAUGCCAGCAGCUCCACACCCACCAUGCCUGAUAACAGGAAGGGGGCCAAAUCCCGGCUCUCCAGCUCAAAGUCAAAAUCGAGGACUUCCCCCUACCCUCAGUACUCGGGGUUUCACACGGAACGGUCGGAAUCGGAUCACGACAGCCAGUGGGGCGGAAGUCCCAUGACCGACUCAGCCUCUCCGCAGCUCCUGGACCCCGGCGAUCGGCCGGGCUCCCAGCACGACGCGUCCUGUGCCUACAGACAGUUCUCAGACCGCAGCUCCCUCUGCUACGGCUUCGCGCUUGACCAUUCCAGGCUGGUGGAGGAGAGGCAUUUCCAUACCCAGGCUUGCGAGGGAGGCCGGUGUGAGGCAGGCAGGUACUUCCUGGGAACGCCGCAGGCGGGGAGGGAGCCCUGGUGGAGCUCUCGCGCAGCCUUGCCCCUGACCAAGGCCUCCCCGGAAAGCAGAGACGCCUUCGAAAACAGCAUGCCUCACAUCGCUUCGGUGCACAGGAUCCAUGGACGAGGUCAUUGGGAUGAAGACAGUGUGGUCAGUUCUCCGGACCCUGGAUCAGCUAGCGAAUCAGGUGACCGAUACCGCACUGAACAAUAUCAAAGUAGCCCACAUGAACCUAGCAAAAUUGAAACUUUGAUUCGAGCCACCCAGCAAAUGAUUAAAGAAGAAGAGAACAGGUUGCAGUUAAGGAAAGCUCCCCCAGACCAACUGGCAUCCAUUAAUGGAGCUGGGAAAAAACACUCCCUCUGUUUUGCAAACUACCAACAGCCCCCACCGACAGGCGAAGUCUGCCAUGGCUCUGCUCUUGCCAACACUUCACCGUGUGACCACAUCCAGCAGAGAGAGGGAAAGAUGCUGAGCCCCCAUGAAAAUGACUAUGACAAUAGUCCCACUGCACUGUCUCGGAUAAGUAGUCCCAACUCGGAUCGCAUUUCAAAAUCCAGUUUGAUCCUAGCUAAAGACUAUCUACAUUCGGAUAUGUCUCCUCAUCAGACAGCAGGAGACCAUCCUGCUGUCUCUCCAAACUGCUUUGGCUCUCACCGGCAGUAUUUUGAUAAGCAUGCUUAUACAUUAACUGGAUAUGCCCUGGAGCACUUAUAUGACACUGAAACCAUUAGAAACUAUUCCUUGGGCUGUAAUGGCUCACACUUUGAUGUAACUUCCCAUCUAAGGAUGCAGCCAGACCCAGCACAAGGACACAAGGGAACAUCUGUUAUUAUAACCAAUGGAAGCUGAUGUUUUUCUAAAAUGUUUUGUUCUGUUAGGGUCUCUGAAACAUAUUUAUAGUUUAAUGCCCCAUUACCAGCAUUUACAAUGCCACAGAUUGUUAGAGAGGAUAAUUUAAAUUUCUGGGUAUUUGACAUGUGUUCCUAUGAAAUGAAAGGAAACAUAGCACUAGCAUUCAGGGUUAUACACAGAUAAUGGAGCUAAAGCAAAUGCACAAAUUGUCUCUGUAGUUAUAUGAGAACCAGCAUAGAUAAAUUUGUAUUGAAAAAUACUCAUGUAGAUGGAGUGAGUAUACACAGUGACAACAUUAGAUUGUGGUGAUCCAGUGAAACUCAACCACACAGAGGAUUAUUCACAGGCUUCUCUGUAUACUUUACAUGCAGAAGUAUAAAAAAUUAGCCAUAAACACACCAAAAAUGUGUAAUUUUCUUUAGUUCAUUGAACUCUUCAAUAAAUUUCCACUCCCAAAAUAACUGAGAAAGAGAGAGACACAUCUUGUAAACUGAUUUUUUUUUUCCCUUUGUGGUUUCCCUCCAACCAGUUCAUUUGAUUCAGGCAUAAAUUAGAGAAAUGGUUCUGGAUAUAGUGCAAGAAUGACUUUUCACCUGGUAUCCAUUAGAAGCAAUCAGGAAGUGGUGAUUUUUCACCUUACUUUUGAGUUAGACAAGGACCAGGAUUGCACUGACAUAGAAGUAAGGGUUUUUCUAAGUGAAAGCAUUGAGAUGUUGGGAGACACAUCAAAAACCUGGUGUGCUCAAUUGAAAGUAGUUCAGUGAAGAUGGAGAGGCCAGAGAAAGAAUGGAAUGAACCGCUAUCUCCCCAAAAAACAAUUUAAGGCUCAGAAUAGGUAAAGAACAUAUUUGAGGCUUGCUUAUAAACCAGCCAAAUAAAAAAUUCAAACCAAUUCACCAAGAAAAAAGUGCAAAAAAUAAUGAAGGAAAAUCAGUGAAGUGCUACAUGACAGCAGUUUAAGUGUUUGAGAACAUUUCAAAGCACAGAUGUGCCAGUGUGACAACAUGUGGAAAGCCUCAGGAGAGCAUCUAAGAUAAAAGCAGAGGCUGCCAGACAAGUGGUUAAAAGGACGAGAGGAAUACUGUGACUGAGGAGCAGGCUAAGCAUUUGUUUUCCUUAUUGUUUGUAAACAAUGUCAACAGCAAACUUGGUCUUACAAUCUGUGUGUUGUACGAGAAAGGGUGGUGCACUGGAUGCUGAGAUUUCUGGGUUCUGGUUCUGACCCUACCUGUGACUUGACUUUGUGCCUGUAGAUGUAGGCAAUCACCACACCCAGAGCCCCAGUUUCCUGGUUUGUAAGGCAGCUCUAGUGUUCAUGGUGUGUGGUUCACUGGUGCAGCAGAACUGAGCUAGUUAACUGUUUAACUCUCUGCUAUGGGUUAUCAAGAGUGGCUCUGAAUUUUCUACCCACAUACAGAAGUAUAGAUGCUUUGUAACUCAAGCAGGAAUGUGAGCUCUUUUAGGCAUGUGUAGUACAGUCACUUUUCUAAGAUCAACCAAAUUGUAGGUGGUAGGAACUGAUAAUGAAGAAGAAAAAUAGUAGGAUUUAUUUAAUGUACUAUUCUCUAGAAAUCAAAACAAAGUGAAGUGAUUAGAGAUAUUUCACAUAUCAGAGUCCCAUGCCUGAAACUCUUGGUAUAUACAAGGAAGGGAAUGUACUGGAAGAACUUGACUUAUAAUUUCAAAAACAGAACAUGACAUUGGACACUCAGGGAUUAGUACUGUAUUUUCAUUCUUUAACACAGUUAUGUGGCAGUUCAUAUGUAGGUGACAAUCUGAAUGAUAAUCAGAGAUGACUAUUGGGUUGUUUAUGCGAGGAAAGAGGCUACAUAAAAUUAAAUAACUAUUUCAUGGGUAUGACAAAGCAACAUUGGUGCUGUACAUGCAAAAAAAGUGCAAGUACAUGACAAAGUCACUGAUUAUCAUGUAUAGCUUCAAAAAUGUUCAAAGUACAAUAAAAACUAAAUUUUAAGUUAUAUAAGCACAGUAUUCAGCAAUUUUUGAGAAAAUUAUCUAUGAGAAACUCCUGGAACACUUAAAAUGGAUUUUUGAUCAAUUUGCAACAUGCAGUAAAGUUUUAGAAAUACCUGAAAAGUUUUGCAGAAUUCUGUAGAUGGAUAAUAUGAAGUAUUUUGGAAAGGGAAUCCAUGCAGAUGCAUUUUACUGAUGGAUAAACAUUCUACCAAAUGUGUCAGGCACAGAUCCUUUAGGAGAAAAUGAAGACUUCAGACCCAUGGAAAAUAAGACGAUACUAAAGAAAAGACUGUUAUUAAAGGAUUUCAGUGGAGUUAUUUUUUUUUUUUUUGACAGGCAGAGUUAGACAGUGAGAGAGAGAGACAGAGAGAAAGGUCUUCCUUCCAUUGGUUCACCCCCUAAAUGGCCGCUACGGCCAGCGCACUGCACCGAUCUGAAGCCAGGAGCUAGGUGCUUUCUCCUGGUCUCCCAUGCGGGUGCAGGGCCCAAGCACUUGGGUCAUCCUCCACUGCACUCUCGGGACACAGCAGAGAGCUGGACUGGAAGAGGAGCAACCAGGACAGAACCGGCGCCCCAGCUGGGAUUAGAACCUGGAGUACUGGCGCCGCAGGCGGAGGAUUAGCCUAGUGAGCCAUGGCUCCGGCUCAGUGGAGUUUUUUAAGGGAGGAUAAUUCAUUGGUAGAAGGAAUAGAUUAUGAACUCUGUAAAAAGGAAGUAAUCAGAAUAUGGUGUGGCCAAUAUUUUUAAGGGGAAACAGAAUUAACUAAUUUACAUCGUGAUUAAAACUUAAGGUAGUUUAACCCUAUUUAAAUAUGGAAUAAUUUUUAAAAUUUAAUACAUGUCAAUAAUUUUAUAGUAGCAGCUUUCUUACAUAUAAUGCUCACAGUAUUAUAUAGUUUACAUUUUUUGCAACAUAGCAUGAUUAUUAUAAAAUGACUCAAAAUAAGUUAACAUUUUAUGACAAGGCACCUUCUUAAUACACACAUGGAUGUGUAAAAAUAUUUUUACAAUCUACAUUAUUCUGUGCAGGAACAUAUCUUCUCAUAAUGAAAAUAUCAUCUGUGCUUUUUGAAAACAUGGGAUAUAAAAUAAAUUAUAAAUUCCUGAUAAUUCAAUCACUUAAAUUAAACUACAAUUUGCUUUAGUUUUAAUCUUUUAUUUCUGUAACUUUGCUACUAAAAUAUUGAGAACCACGAAACUUGACCGAAAUUGAGAGAGAAGUAUGUUUUUUAUACCACUUUGGGGACUCAUAAAAAUGUGCUAUGUUAUGUCAGUAAUACUGGUACAAUAUGGAUCAGUUUGUUAGAUGGUAUAAAAUUCAUGCUUUUUAGUAAUAGUAAGAAUAUUUUAUUUAUCAUUUUACUUGCUGUACCCAGUUAAAAAAUCUGGAUGACCAAAGAAAUAAAAAGUCCCCCAAUCAUCUUUGGGAAAAUUCUGUGAACUUGCAUGUUGAGAAUAUACCGAUUUGAUUUAUUUUUUUUGGAUGCAGAGUGUUAAACUUCACAUGCACUACAGGCCAGGUGUUUUGGUGUGCUUCAGCUGCACAAGUCUUUUGACAUAACUCUGCCUAAUACAAUGUUCUAGCUUUUCUAAACCGUAAUUGCCUGAUAAAAGAUAAAUAAGAGUGCUGAUUGUGACAUUCAAAAUGAGACAGGAUACAAUAAAUGAUUUGCCUCGAGUGUUUAUACAGAAAGCCCACUUAUUUCCUGAUUAUAUUUUAUAGGGCUUGAAUAUUUCCACUGGGUACUGUUCUUAAUUCUCUCUGCAUUCUGCUGCCACAUGCUGCCUCUGGGCAAAGAAUCCCAGUUAAAAUAAGCUUUAAUGGGAUCUUCUAGAAAAGGUUAAUAUGGUCCAUUUUGUUUUUUCUUUUUUUUCCCCUCCCUCCCUUCUUCCCUCCCUCCUUCCCUCCCCCUCUCCCUUCCUCCGCCUCUCCUUUCCUCCCUCCUUCCCUCUCUCCCUUCCUUGGAUGAUUAAUUCCAAAACAAGAUCAUGUUGAAAAUAUGCAUAGAUAGUUUGAAAUAAAUUGAGAGACUUUUUUUGCCUAAAGAUCCAGACCAAAUAAGUUUGAUUAGAAGACAGUACAGCAAAGCAGAUUCUAAAUCUAGGUUUGAUAUUUUAUAGUUCUCUCUCUCUCUUUAAAGAAUAAAACAUUACUAAAAUAUUCAAUGUAAUUCUAUUAGUUGUAUUUGGGAGUGACAGUGCUAAUAUUUGGAAAACCGAAUAUUUGACCAUUUGGAGGUCGCUCACCUUACCUAGUGGAAAAACUUACACUUUAAUAUAGUCUUUCUGAUUUAAGAAGUUUGAAUGCUCAGAUUGGGUUCCCUGGUUCACUCAUAUCGUGGAUGUGGAAAUAUGUCCUAUUUUCUGAAUAACUUAAUAAAGAAUGUAAAUCCUACAGUCCUCAAAUAAGUGACUCAACUUUCAUGUAAAUGUCAAGUUUUUGUGAAUAGGGAUUCAAGUCUGACAUAGCAAAACCUAUUGGCUGGUUCCUACUGUGAAACAGAUUAUGUAUAAAACGAUCAUUAUUAUUCUAAGUUUUAAAUGAGUAACAGAACAGCUAUGGACACAUGCAAAAGGUACCAUACCUUCAGAAAGUUUUCUAGGGGAAAAUUUCCUUGUGGUGCUCAUUUCUUGUGCACAGGGUUGUACGGGUAGUGCUUAACUCAAAAGGUGAGAUUGUACUCGUUUCUGAAUAGGAGUUUGUUCAGAGUUCCUUCUCUAGGGCUGUAUGCAGAAAGGACACAAACAGAAAAGCAUGAUUUUUAUAUUGCCUUGAGGGUUCAUGAAAACGUGCCAUAUCCAACUUUAUAUAUGUGUGUGUGUAUAUAUAUAUAUAUGAUGGUUUACAUAUAUAUAUAAAUAUGAUGGUUCACACAAGAAAUCCUAAUUAAUAAUUUUAAACCAAACAUUUGUAGUUUUAUUUAUUGCAAUUUUGCUGCAUGGGACUUUGCUUUCAUAAACUUAAAUGGGGGAAGUUUGUCCCAAUUUGCUGAUUUGGAACACAUUUAUUCACAGUUGAAUUUACACCCAACAACCCUGGUGUGUUUACAUUUCAGAAGAAAUGAAAUCAGCAUGGAAAAAAUUUUAGAAGUACUGUAACUUUUUUUUCCAUUUUUUCCAAAGGGAAAUAUUUCAAAAAAUGAAACAUAUGUGUAGGCACUUCAUAAAGAUAAAAUAUUUUAUGUUUGUUUUUUGACUGACAUGCUAUAAAAAGGACUAUAUUUGUGAAAGAAGAUAUUGAUUGCCAAUAUUUCAAAUACCAUCUUGCAAUGUAUAGUUUUUAGUAACAUUGUAGUAUAAAACUGUACUUUGAACUUUACUUUGGAAUGUAAAGUAGAAGAUAUUAGCUAUGUCAAUGAUAUCUUGCAAAGUGUUCCCAUUUAUAAUUAUUUAUAUUGUAAAUAGCUUUCUGAAGUAAAUUCAAAGUUAAUGUGCAUAAAAUGUAUUUAUUAUGUGAGGGAUUUUUUGGUUUAAAAUAUAGUUAUCAAUAUGCA